GUCCUUCGUGGCAGAGGCAAGUCAAUUCUUCUAUUGUUUCCAAUCUUAUAAUUAGGAGAUUUUGUUGGUAUGUGUAAAGGGAGUUGAAUUCAAUUUGUUUUCCUGUGAUUUGACAAACGAUUGUCAACCACUUAAAUCGAUUCGAUUUAGUUUUUCGAUUGUCUGUUUCCGACAAAAUCGACAGUGAUUCAUUUAAUUGAUCCAUUAGUGGUAAUUAAGUAGGGGAUUUUGAAGUUUUUGAUUAAAUCCAAAUUCUCAUGUGCAUAGUUGAUCCAAUCCUGAAUUACGUAGAGACAAACAUUCCGCUGAGAUAAGGGACUGAGAUCUAAAACCAACUACCAAUUUAAGAUGCCAAAAUGAAUCGUGUUUGAUCGUUAAUAUGUAUCAGUGUGAACUUGAUCACAUGCAAAUGCCCAGAUUUUAAGUUAAUCAGGUCAUUGGAAGAGCCACGAGUAUAAGUUUGCUUAUUCAAUACAAUAUAGCAAUCUCUAAAAGGAAGGCUCAUUAUUUGCCAAACCUAUUCGCUUCAAGACUGUUUUCGUUUUUUGUUUUUCUAACUGAUGCACUUUCCGAUCCCAUUACAUCUAUAGACUAGCCUUUAGAUCAUGCUCUUCCCAAAUCCGUGUGCGGCGUCUGGUGUAUGAAAAAAAUGUGUCUUCUUUUUACAAAAUGAAAAUGAAAAUUAAAGAUAAAAGGAUCUCUCUCCCUCACCCUCACACAUAUAUAUUACAUAUGUUACAUGAAUUUAUAUAUGUACAUAUAUAUAUGUGAAAAAGUUAGCAGUUGCUAAGAUUAUACGUGUAUAUAAAGGCAUUUGGGUUGCAUGGUUGUAUUAUUGUGCAUGGUUCCACAACCAGUGGCCUUCUCAAUCUGAUCACCCUGCUCUCUCCUUUCCUUGUGGUCUGCGUUUCCUGCCCAGGCAAUCAACGAUGAAACUGUGCGCCAUCAGUUGUAGAUUACAACAGCUUCCGGUGGUCGUGAGGGAAACAGACGGCAUCUCCGUCGAAACCGGCGACCACCGUCACCGGAAAGACAAGGUGGUGGUGGUCAUGGGAGCGACCGGCACAGGGAAGUCGCGCCUGGCGGUCGACCUGGCAAAGAAGUUCCAUGCCGAAGUGAUCAAUGCCGACAAAAUGCAAGUGUACGACGGCCUGGACGUGGUGACCAACAAGAUGACCGUCCAGGAGCAGUGCGGCGUGCCGCACCACCUGCUGGGCGGAGUCGACCCGGAGGCCGAGUUCUCCGCCGCCAACUUCCGGGCGCUUGCUUCGGCAUCUAUCGACGGGAUAAUCCGACGCGGCCGCCUGCCGAUUGUCGCCGGCGGCUCGAACUCAUACAUCAAGGCGCUAGUCAGUGAUGAGACGUCUCUUUUCCGGCUGCAGUACGACUGCUGCUUCCUUUGGGUGGACGUGUCCCUACCGGUCCUGCACAAAUUUGUGUCGGACCGAGUGGACCGGAUGGUUCGGGCCGGGCUCGUGGAGGAGGUGAGGGGAGUGUUCCAGCCCAAGGCUGACUACACACUAGGCCUUAGGAAAUCCAUUGGCGUGCCGGAGCUGGACCAGUUUCUAAGGGCCGAGUCAUGUGGGGCUGAUGCCCAGACCUUGGCUGCACUCCUAGAGGUUGCUAUUGACCAGAUCAAGGCCAACACGCGCAAGCUCACACACAACCAAUUGAGGAAAAUUCAUAUGCUUAGGGACAUCCAUGGGUGGAAUCUACACCGCCUUGAUGCUACCGGAGCCGUAGAAAGCUCCGGCCAGGUGUCACGAGAUGAUUGGGAACGCCGGGUAGUCGGUCCGAGCAUGAGCAUUGUUGGGAGGUUUCUUCUUAGGAACAUCAUAAUGGACGGUGUUUCUUCAUCAUCUUCAUCUUCAUCUUCAUCUUUUUCUGGUAUUGCUGCUACUGCCGCUAUGGUUGCGGCCGCCGCAGCAGGUGUAGUCGAGACAGCUAUAACCAUAGGCUAAGUUUCGGCCGUCUUUCCAUCACACGUGGCGGCACCGGCGGCAACAACGGAUAGGAGUACUUGGCCAACAAAGGACUCCUUACAAGUGCCAUCAUCCACGUGGAAAAUUUUACCCUUUGGUGCCACCUCUUCAAUAAUCGACAUGCUGUAUAAGCACUGGAGAAAAAAAUAAAAAUGUAUAGAGAGAGAGAUGUUAAACCUCAAUGACAAAAUGUAAACUGCAAUGAUCCGUGACCCUUGAAUCAUAUAAAGGUAUUGUGUUUGUAAAAACAAAUAUCGAAACUAAUUAUCU